AUGUCCGAUAUCAUAAGGGAGUAUGCGAGUGAAUGCAUGAAGACAGGUGAUGGGAAAGACCGCUAUAUCUGGGAUGACAGGGAAAACAUUGUCGGUAGAGGAAAAUAUGGGUAAGUUACUAUGCAUUUGUAUUUGUAAAAGAGAUGUAUUUUUGGCGACCAGCAAAGCCACAGGCGAAAGAGUCGCAAUUAAGCAGCACAAAAUUGAGAGUCCUGAGAAAUAUGGAGUAGUUGC